AUAAAUAGGAAGGAUACUUGCCAUUGUCUUUAUUACAGGAAGGGAGGCUGUGCAAGUUAUCUAGAAGAGAAAAAUUUGAAAAGUCAUCAUGUCCAAAUAUGGUAAUCUCAACGAUAUUCCUUGUACUGGUGCCUCACAUGAAACCGGAAGUCAAGAUGGGGAAAAUAUUUCAGGAAUACCAGCAUCUGAAAAACUGGCAAAAUCAGAUCUGCAAAGUGUAAAAUCUUACAAGGAGAAAAUUAAGUCUGUGUCCAGGAAAACUGGUGUGGAUCCAGCUAUAAUUGCAGGAAUCAUGUCUCGCGAAUCACGUGCUGGCAAUUAUUUGGACUGCAAUAAAUGGGGUGAUAAUGGCAAUGCUUUUGGCCUGAUGCAGGUCGACAAAAGAUGGCAUACUCCACGAGGAGCAUGGAACAGUGAAGAGCAUAUUUUACAGGCCACAGAAAUACUGAUUUACAUGUUAGGAGCAAUCAAGAAAAAAAUUCCAAGCUGGCCAACAAGCCAUGUUAUGAAAGGUGCUCUUUCAGCAUACAACAAGGGUCCAGACAGCGUCAAGAGUUUUGAUUCAACUGACUGUCGUACAACUGGGAAGGACUAUGCAAAUGAUGUAGUUGCGCGGGCAAAGUUUUACAAAAGAAAUGGAAUCUAAAGUCCAUGCUGAUGGCAUCUAACAUUAAUACUCCACAAUACAUAAACAAAUUAUGAAAUAAACUAGCAAAAAUACA